UGCGGGGGCCGGCCAGCGCGCCUGCGUGCGCUUCGCCACCGCCUGCCUCAGGGGCUGCCGGGAAACAGAGUCUUCGAGCGUGGACGCUCUAGGCUGGCGCCGGCCAGGAAAAAAGGCAGCGGCCAGGGCGUGGGUUUCGGAGGACGAGGCUGGUAGUCAGUAAAAACGCAGACAUGUAGAAGUUAAUGGAAACAAACUUGUCCUCACUAAGCUCUUCCAGAAUGGACGGAUCACCCUCACAUCAAUAUAGCUUCCCUCUCACAUGCACUAGGCAUCCUGAAGCAGGAGAAUGGCGAAUUCUAGACCAGCAUUACUUCGUAGAAAGACCCUAUCUCAAUAACGACUGGUGGCUUCAAAGGAACACUUUAAGACAGCCAAGCAGAGGUCACGGGAAAAUCUCAUACACAAGACACAGUUUUAACAAGUCAGUUUAAAAGAAAUACUGAGGAGCAACGGACAUGAAUCAAUACAUUUAUAAAUGUAAGACAGGAGGAGAAAAAGGACCACAUGGACUAAAUCCUAGGUUCCUGCCUUGAAUUCCUGUCCUGGCUUCCCUCAAAAUGUACUGUAAGCUGAAAUGCCUGCUUCCACGUUGUUUUGGUGCUUGAACAAAUGUCUUCCACAAACUUAUCAUGGAAAGUGAUUGAAACAAGCUACCAGGACUACGUUUGCCAAUAACAAGGGCAGGACGCGCCUUUGCUCUGUCCUGGCUGUGCAGCGCCCCUGAGCCCAAAGCGAGCCAGACGCGGACAGCCAUGGCCUCCAGUCCCGACCCGCCGUCCCCGCUACUCGUGCGGCUGCCAGAGUCCAUCCCCUGGGCGCACAGGAAGCUAGAGAUAUACUUCCAGAGCCGGGCCUCGGGGGGCGGGGAGUGCUCUGUGCAGCCCGUGGGCCCCAGCGCCCCGGACACCUUCGAGGUGAAGUUCUUAAAAAAAGCAGAUAAGGAGAACGUGUUGAAAAAGAGAGAACACCAGAUGCGGAUUGAUGACAAACCUAUGACCAUUGUCCUGGAAACUACUGAAAAGCCAGUAGAGAACCUGAGACCCAGACUUCCAUCCUUGACACAGCCAGCUGAGACACCAAACCUCAGACCUCCGUCCUUGACACAGCCAGCUGAGACACCAAGCUCCAGAUCUCUGUCCAUGACAGAGUCUCUGAAUGAGGAAGCAUUGUGUAAUGAGAUACAUCCCGGUGAUGGGCUGGUUUUUAACUCUGUUGACUCAGUUGUCCAAAAGGUCUUUCUUGCUGUGACCGCUGAGCUGAACUGUGACCUGCUCUCUAAAGAGCAGAGAGCAUAUAUAACCACGGUCUGCCCUCAUGUCAAAAGCGUGGAGGGGAGUGACGGAAUUAAGACGGUGUGUGGCAACUUCAAAGACAUUGAAAAGAUACAUCACUUCUUGAGUGAGCAGCUUUUGGAAAGUGAGCAGAAACAGAAGUACACCCCACAGAAAUACACACCUUCCAACGUGGAGAAGCAGCCACCUGAUCAGAGCAGUUUUGAAGUUCCUGUGCUUUUCCUUGACUAUUUCAAGCAUGUUUAUCCGGGUAGACUAGAGUCCAUAGAGAAAAAAUUUGGUGUAAACAUUGAAAUCCAAGGUAGUUCUCCCAAUAUGGUCUCUGUAGGCUUCACCUCCAGCCCAUCAGGCAACUUAGAAGAAGCAAGACAGUCUUUUGUCAGAGACUUUCAGAAAUGCACACAGUCUCUGAAGGAAGGUUGUAUCUCUUUAGAGGAGCACCAGAGAGCAAAGGAGGUCAGACAGGAGCUGAAUCACUGCUUCCCAAAGCUCUUGAUAAAGGAACAGGGAAGAAUGCUAACUCUCCUCGGCUCUCCUGCUGACAUUUCAGCCGCCACAGAAAAAGUCUCCCAAACUCUCGCCCUGGCACCCGUGAAAAUAACCGCCUCUGGGUACGUUUCGGGGAUCGAGGUCGAUUCAACUCGCUUUAAGCUUCUAGAACCUGAACUGCUCCAGGAAAUCUCAGAGAUUGAGCAGAAGUUUAACACUUGUGGCAAAGUCCAGGAAAAAGACCAGAAAACCUGCAUUCUCUUUGUCCCCAAGAAUAAAGAGUUAGACCUGUCGGUGCAGUCUUACACAAGUUUUACUGAUGCCUUCCAGCAUGCCACGUGCCAGCUGAGGACAGAAGUUCUGUCGCUGAAACAGUUGGGCAAGGAGAGAGCUCGCUUACACAAGACCAAGUUUGCUGACGACUUUAAAAAAAAGCACCCGAAUGUGCACUUCGUGAUAUCUCAAGAGUCGGUGACCUUGACCGGUUUGCCAAAUCACCUGGCACAGGCAAUGCAAUAUGUCUCCAAAAGAAUUGGACUGUCUCCGUCAUCUGGAGAGAGAUUGGCAAUGGAUCAGGAAACACCCAUGGAGAUCAACAGUAAUGACUCCAAUGCAGCUUCACCUCCUCCCCGAGGCUCUGCUAGCCACCCUGGAGCCUCGAAGGAUUGCGAGGACUACUGCGUCAUCUGCAUGGAUGCCAUCAGCAACAAGUGUGUGCUCCCUAAGUGCAAGCAUGAAUUCUGUGACUCUUGUAUCAACAAAGCCAUGUCAAUCAAGCCUGUCUGUCCUGUGUGUCUGACUUCCUACGGUAUCCAGAGAGGGAACCAGCCAGAUGGAAUCAUGACUCACACCUUACAGAAAGAGUCACUUCCGGGUUAUGAAGGCUGUGGGACUAUUGUGAUUCAGUAUGAUAUAAAAAGUGGCAUCCAAACAAAUGAGCACCCAAACCCAGGAAAGGCUUAUUGUGGAACACUGCGAACUGCAUAUUUGCCUAAUAAUACAGAAGGAAGAAAGGUUUUAGAUCUGCUCGAAGAAGCCUUUAGACAGAAGCUGACUUUCACAAUAGGACACUCUCGAGUAACAGGAAUCUCAGAUGUCAUUACAUGGAAUGAUAUUCAUCACAAAACAGCCAAGUUUGGAGGACCAGCAAAUUUUGGAUAUCCUGAUCCUGAUUACCUGAAACGUGUCAAGGAGGAACUGAAAGCAAAAGGGAUUGAAUAAGGAAACUGCAGGGAAGAUGUCCGUCCACUCUCAAAAGAAGUGUGUUAGGAGGGGUAUAGUACAAACCAUAAUCUGUUCCCAGAAAAACUUUAAAACAUUUUUCACAUUAAGUAGUCUGCUUGCCAGUCAUUUCUAGAGUGCCACUCUUUCAUGGAAGGCAAACUAUACAGGCACAGGCUGGGGGAAAUGGCUCUGUCUACAAAGCAUGAAGAAAUGACUCAGAUCUGCAAUCAUCCAUGGAAAAGCCUGGUGUGUUGGCAUGCACUUGUAAUCUUAGCACUGGUGAGUAGAGACAGGAGGAUUCCUGGAGUUUACUGGCCAACUAGCCUAGUCAAAACCAUGAGCUCCAGGUUCACUGAGAGAUCUUGUCUCAAGAAAUAAGGUGCAUCAGGGCAUGGUGAUGCAUGCCUUUAAUGCCAGAACUUGGAAGGCAGAAGCAGGCAAUCUCUGUGAGUUCCAGACCCAGCCUGGUCUACAGUGCCCAAGUCCUAGGGCAGCCUGCUAUACAUAGUGAGACCCUGUCUCAAAACAAAUAUCAGGUGGACAGAAAUAAAGAUAUCUAACAUCAUCCUCUGUCCUGCAUACACACCUCCACACACGUAUAUACACACACACUCACACAUGGGGUGCGGGGAGUAGAAAAGAAAACUUUAUAGUUUUAUAGGAUUUUAAUUUUUGCUGAAGAAAUCUGUCAUUCUUGUGUUAUGGUUGAGUCUGUAAUCAUCUUCUAUGUCCUUACUUGAGCCAUUGUCAACUAAUGGAACCUUCACUGGUUUUUGUUGGCUUUGUUUAUUUGAGACAGGGUCUCCUGAAUAAUAACUCUGGAACUUGAUUUGUGGAUCAGAUGGGUCUUGAACUUAGAUCUGCCUGUAUCGGCCUCCUGAGUGCUGGCAUUGACUGUUUUUUUUGUUUUGUUUUGUUUUGUUUCUUUGUUUGUUUGGUUUUUUGGUUGUUGCUUUGCCGUCCAGCAGCAACGAUAUGAAUGGGUUAUCUGGAAUAUGGAGUCAUAUUAUGUUACUUUAAUCCACGUGGAAGAUUCGUAAAAAUUAGCCAUAACAGAGAUGUGUUUAAUCAGCCAUGCUUCAUUCAAUCUCUAAGUUACAAAAAGGGAAACCAGGUAGCAUAGGUGAGGCAAAACCCCUCCCCCAAGUUCGUCAGCAUGUUGGCCCAAUCAGCAACUCAUUCUUCAGUCUCUGGAGGCGGGACUUCCGAUGUAACUGGAACCAGGAGAGAGGCAUGGUUAUUAGCAGGAAGUAGGCAGAGAGGUGUUAUCAGAGGCAGACAGGCUCUGAAGAAUCAGUCCUCAAGCAGGAGGGUUACAUUGCUUUUUUGUUUUUGGUUUGUUUAGUUUGGUUUGAUUUGAUUUUGGUAUUGGGACUUAAACCCUAGGCCAAUCAGUUCCAUCCUGUAAUUCUUUUUCAUGUCCAUCUCUGUAGCAAUACAUUAGUUGUUUAUUUUUUGAUCUCUGCCUAAACCCUUGUGUACAUCGGAAAGUGAAACCCUUGUAUAAAUGGGAAGUUUAAAAACAGGUUUGGCUGCAAAAGACCCAUAUUUCUUCUCUACUCAUAGCAAUAAGUUUCCAGGAGAUCAGGCAAUUUUUGAUAAUAAAUAGAACAAGAAGACACAUACUUUUCAGGAUACAGAGCCUAGGAGA